UUCCCCCGGGCGCGGCGUUACGUGGUGACGCAGCGCGCGGGGCGUAGGCGGGGCGGGGCCUGCGCAUGCGCGGGGUGCGGCGGCCGGUGCUGCGGAGCCGGGGCUGCCGGGGCUGCGGGCGCCAUGUCGGGCCGCUCGGUGCGCGCCGAGACCCGCAGCCGCGCCAAGGAUGACAUCAAAAAAGUGAUGGCGGCCAUCGAGCGCGUCCGCAGAUGGGAGAAGAAGUGGGUGACGGUGGGCGACACUUCGCUGCGCAUCUUCAAGUGGGUGCCGGUGGCCGACAGCAAGGAGAAAGAGAAAUCCAAGUCAAGCAGCAGCACCGCCCGAGAGCCCAAUGGUUUCCCGGCUGACACUUCUGCCAACUCCUCGCUCCUCCUGGAGUUCCAAGGUGCUGUUUCUGCAGAUGAGAACAGUAACCAGAGCUCCCUGUCGGAUGUCUACCAGCUCAAGGUGGACAGCAGCCCCAACUCCAGCCCCAGUCCCCAGCAGAGUGAGUCCAUGAGUCCUGCCCACACAUCUGACUUCCGCACGGACGACUCGCAACCACCCACACUGGGGCAGGAGACUCUGGAAGAGCCAUCCCUGCCUUCCUCGGAAGUUGCAGAUGAGCCUCCCACUCUCACAAAGGAAGAACCGGUCCCCCUUGAGACUCAGGUAACCGAAGAGGAGGAGGACUCUGGUGCGCCGCCUCUGAAGAGAUUUUGUGCCGAUCAGAACUCUGUGUGCCACACGGCCUCGGAGAGCUAGCCUGCCCGUCCCCGGGGAGAGCCUUCGCCAGCCCCUCGCAGAGCCGCCUGCCCUCCCCUGGGGGCCGGGGUGCUUCCCCCAGCCUGCCCUUCCUGAGGGACAGGGCCCUCCUGCCACCUCGCUAUCCAGCCUGCCCUGCCCUCAGGGGCAGGAGCCUCCUGCCAGCCCCUGCAGAGGCAGCCUGCAAACGGUUCCCCCAGCCAGAUGGGACUGCUGCCAGUACCUACAAAUAUGCCUCUAUUUAUUGGCUCCCACUCUCCCUGCUGACCUGUACUAGAGUGAUGUGGGGUCUCUGGUGGGUGGUCUGCAUGUACAGAGGGAGGGAUCCUUGGGGCUCCCCAGUGCCCAUCACCCCUAUGGCACUGGCACAUGCUGUUUGCCUGUUUCUGGAUCUCAUGUCUGCCCUCCACACCAGCUGCUGCGUGCUGGGAACCAAAGAGCUGUGUUCCACCUGCACGAAGUGAUUUGUCUGUUCCCUUGUGACCAUAGGCUGGGGUGUUCCUGCCAUAGGUGUAAAGUGCAAUGGAGGGUGGGGGGAGAGCACCCUGGGAAUAGAGACAACAGCCCGUCAUGCUGCUGGGCAGGGAUCCCACACUGGGACGCUGUGCAAUAAGCUGCUAGUUUAAGCCAUUAGUAUUGGAAGAGAGCGGAGCGCUACCACUGUGGAGGGCAGGUACUGAACACAUCGGUGCAGCCUGCCUCUGCUCUGCUGCCGGGCCCUCACAGAGCCCCUGCUGUCCUCUGCAGAGGGCAGGUGGGGGCUGGAGCGCAGAGAGACUGGCAGGGGAGAGGGGCAGCCAGCGUGGCAAUGUCCUGGCUGGGUCUGCACCCUGCUCCCCUCCUGCUGUCUUGCACCUUGUGGCUGGCAGAGCAGGGGGAGCUGCCCCUGAGGUAUACCCUGUCCAGGCAAGAUGUAGGAACCCCCAGGGAGCCCUCCCAUGCCCAUGUCCCUAAGCUCCCCACACCAGCACACUGGCCCACAGCACUGCGCUGGUCUUCCCUGCCGCCACUGCAUGUCCUGCCGAGUCUGUCUGUGAUCAAGCCUGGCGAAGCCGAAGGUGUGGCCGCGCGUGGAAGUGAAAAGAUAUUUUAGCACUUAAUAGAAUAUUUUUAAAAUUAAACUAUUUGAAAUACAGUGCUGGGUGACUGUGGGGGCAGGUGGGAGAUGAGUGCUGGGGUGGGAGCUUGGGAAUGGGUGGCGGGCAGCACUGGGAUUUGCGUUCUCCCCCAGCCUCAUGAGACAAGCUGGUGUGGAGCCCUCACUCCACCAAACUGGUGCCCCCUCCCCACACCACGACUUGCAGGCCUGCUGCCUAUUGCCUGUCUUUCUAGUCAAGCCCAGUGCCCCCUGUCAGGAAGUGGGAUGGUGGCCAUGGGGCAUGAAACCCAGUGGGGCAUGGAGCCUGCCCUUCCCAGACCCGGUCCCAGCACAUCCACGUGGUGUUGCCACCCUCGCAUGCAGCUGCAGGGGGCUCAACCGAGGGGCUCGGUGCGAAGGCAGCUCAGCUUUACCAUUGCCAGCGCUGUGUGGUGCGUGCAGUUCCAGUGAGCUCGUGAGCUGCUCCUGUUCCACCACCAGGCUCCAGUCUGUGUUCCUGCAAGCUGCGCUAAAUCCAGUGGUGUCCCGCAUGGCCCCACAAUACUGCCACAGUCGUGUCACAGAACUUGUGGUGUUUAUGUCAAAUGGUGAUGAGGAAGAGGUUCAAGGUUGCUCUUUAGUUAUGACAGUGCUAGAGAUAAUUUUGGAAAGCCUGGAGAAACCCAUCCUUUACAUGGACAUUUAGAGCAGCCUUGUACAUAGUCAAAAUGGCUGGGCUGUGUUUUGCACACAGCUUUAAGAUAACAUUUAGAGAUGAGAUGGAUCAUGGAUAUACUGAAAUGGCCACACAGGGCUGGGGCAGCUGGACUGUGAUAAUUCAUCAAGGACACAGCUGGGGAGUGUCGUCUCAUCCAGCCAAAGGUGCUGUGGUGCAGAGGCUUGCAGAGGAGACUCACCUCUACCUGUAUGGUGACUGGCACAUUCAAGAGUCAUGCCUUCCCACGUAAGCCUUACCUUAUGCAAAAGAGCCCAAUAAAUUAGGUUAAUUAACAUUAUGUCCCUGGGUAUCUUUGCAACAGUCUGUCGUUGAUCUUUGUGCAUUGCGAAUAAUGGUUUUUAUUUUCCAUUUAUUAAAUGUAGUGUAUAAGCCUAAA